CAAAAAUCCGGCGGGGCCGUCGGCAUCAUGGGCUCAGAUGUGUUGUGAGUAUAAAUACAGUAAAAAUUGGUGAACCAAAGUGGAGUAAAAUUUCACUUUGAAAAACGCCAAAAAUGAGCCAUCCCUAUACGCCCAGAGAUCUGAAUCUUGAAGAUUACGUACCCAACUUCCUCUCUCAGUCCACCAUUCUUGCUGUCUAUGGCAUCGCCUCCCUCCUUGUCGUUUUCCUCAUCUGGGUUCUCUCUGGGAGGUCAUCCAAAAUAUCAAAGAUUGACAGAUGGCUCAUGUGCUGGUGGGCUUUCACCGGCCUUACCCACUUGAUUCUUGAGGGUUAUUUUGCUUUCUCUCCAGAAUUUUAUAAGGACAAAUCUGGAUGUUAUUUGGCUGAAGUUUGGAAAGAAUACAGCAAAGGUGAUUCAAGAUAUGCGGCAAGAGAUGCAGGAGUUGUUGCUGUUGAAGGACUAACUGCAGUUCUGGAGGGCCCUGCUAGUCUUCUAGCAGUGAUUGCUAUAGCUAAAGGAAAGUCAUACAGCUACAUACUUCAACUUGCAAUUUCUCUUGGCCAGCUCUACGGUACUGCUGUAUACUUCAUAACUUCUUACUUGGAAGGCGAUAAAUUUGCUGCAAGCCCAUAUUACUACUAUGCAUACUACGUUGCUGCCAAUGCCUCGUGGGUUGUAAUACCUUCACUCAUAUGUAUCCGGUGUUGGAAAAAGAUAUGUUCAGCUGUUCAGCUACAAGGCCAGAAGAAGACCAAAGUUCGCUGAGGUAGCAUCCAGUAUAUUUCAUUUGGGAACGUGGUAGUAUGGGAUGACGUAUUGCAUUGUGUUGUUAUUUCAUAUAAUGGUAACGUUCUUAAUUUAUUAAACCUCAAGUGGGUUUAUGUUGAAACAAUAAUUUAUGACAAUCAACCAGAGGUGCUUCUUUCUGGAGGAAAUUUAACGAGAAAAUUUAACUCC